UGUAAUCUCGCGCCAUCUCCAUCCCCAUCCCCAUCUCCAUCUCCACCGUCGCCGUCAGUCCGUCAAUCACUCCCGCAAUCCCAACAUGUAAAACGAUGCGGAGAAGAAUCGUAACCUACUGCCACGUGUCACUCUGUACUCGCCAAUACUCUACCUUGUCUCCUCCACCGCCGCAGACCGCCGGACCGCCGCCGCUCAUCCGAGUGUCGAACCACGUCGCCAAACUGGGCCCACCGAAAGAAGGCCCGAAGCCCAGGCAGCUCCUCUCCUUGCCGCCUUUCCCCGGCGGUCGACAUUUGCCGGGGAAGAAGAAGUCAUACCAAGACGGCGCCGUUUCACGACCCUCACACGUCACCGCCGUCAGUUGGCUCAAGUAUUACUUCCAUGAGAUUGACGACACCGCCAUUCGGUCCCAUUUCAACAAAGGCCUUGUUCAGAUGGAAUGCCCGGAUUCAAUUGGGAAGGAAGGGCAAGUGAAACGUAUGAGAAAGAUUAGGCCUAGUGAGGUAAUGGAGGAGGGUGCAAGAGUAUAUGUACCCGUAUCGAUUGCAGAGAGUAAAGUUUCAAGGAGAUUCGACUGCAUACCGAGUGAGACAUUGUACCCAAAUGCGGAUGAGAUUGACUACUUGCAAAGGCUUGUCAAGUACAAGGACUCUGCUAUAAUAGUGCUGAACAAGCCCCCAAAAUUGCCAGUCAAGGGUAAUGUGCCAGUCCAUAACAGCAUGGAUGCAUUGGCAGCAGCAGCAUUAUCUUAUGAUUAUGAUGAAGGUCCUAAAUUGGUUCAUCGGCUUGACAGAGAGAGCAGUGGCCUCCUUUUAAUGGGAAGAACAAAAGACAGUGUAUCUCUUCUGCAUUCGUUAUACGCUGACAUCAACAUUGGGAAAUCAUCAUGCAGGGCUUGGAAUGAUGCAUGUAGAACAAAAUGUCAGAGGUACUGGGCAUUAGUUAUAGGGUCGCCCAAGGAAAAGGAAGGCUUAAUUUGUGCUCCUCUCAUGAAGGUGCUUCUUGACGAUGGGAAGACAGAGAGGGUCAUCUUGGCUCAUCAGUCAGGAUUAGAAGCUUCCCAACCGGCUCUAACUCAAUAUCGGGUGCUUGGUCCUACGAUAAAUGGAUGCUCAUGGAUUGAAUUGCAACCACUCACUAGCCGAAAGCAUCAGCUCCGUGUUCAUUGUGCUGAAGCUUUAGGCACGCCAAUUGUGGGUGACUAUAAGUAUGGGUGGUUUGUUCACCGGAGAUGGAAACAAAUGCCUCAAGUCGAUAUUGAGCCGGCAACUGGGCUACAAUACAAGUUGCGGAGGCCAGCAGGUCUGGAUGUACAGAAGGGAAGUGUUCUAUCAAAAGUCCCUCUUUUGCAUCUACACUGUAGAGAGCUCGUACUCCCCAAUAUUGCUAAGUUCCUUGUUUUAUUGGAUCAGAAGUCAGACAACUGGCACCCUGUAGACAGUUUGAAGCCAGAUAUCCUUCGGUUUGUGGCAUCGAUGCCAACCCACAUGAAACUUAGUUGGAAUCUCAUGUCAUCUUAUUUGGUGUAGAGGACAGGUUAAUAAGCUAUCAAUCAGCUCAGUUCUUCCCCUGAUAGAAUCUUCCAAGCCUUCUUUUGACUCUACUUUGAGUACUGUAUAUAACCAGAAUAUAAAUUUCAGAGUGGAUGAGAAAUUUAAAACAUGUAGACCUUCA